AUGUUCAAGGUGAAACAAACAAGACUAGUGGCUGUGGCCUCGUUGUUCAUUUUAUUGGUUUUCGUUCUCUACAGAUCUUCCGGUUCUGACACCUCGACCAAUUCCGUUGCUCAAGUAGUGACUACAAAUAACAUUAUCGACUCUCAGAACGACGACAAGAAAGAUGAUGCUAUAAAUCAGAAGAUUUUACUUUCCGAGAACAAUGUGGAUGAAGCAGACGAAGGAAAACCAGAAGUUUCUGAGGACAAGCCAUUUGAUCCCGCACAAUCGUUCUUGGAAAUCAGAACGCUUGCACCUAUGACUAUAUUCUCCAAGUCUUACUGUCCUUUCUCGAAAAGACUCAAGGAGUUGCUUAAGGACAACUACCAGAUUACCCCAGAGCCUCAGAUUGUCGAACUUGACAAGCACCUGAACGGUCGUGAAUUGCAGACAUACAUUGGUGAAGUCACAGGUAGAUCGACUGUACCAAAUGUCAUUGUUGGAGCAACCACCGAAAGCAGAGGUGGAUGUGACGACUUGGUCAAGCUUCAUGAGCUGGGCGAGUUGUUACUGUUGUUAGCCGAAUGGGGUGGAAAAAAGAUGGUAGUCAAAAAGAUAGAUGCCCCAUCCAACUUGUAG